AGCGGAAAGGUGCACACGGUGCACCGCGGACGUGCGGGAGAGUCGGUCAUUGGCCCACCUGCUACGCAACCUCCCGGAGAUGCCAGCUCGCUCGCCAGCAUCAGCUCCGUUCUAUUAUUGAACAGCUCUGCUUAAGUUUAGCCUUUCUCCUUCUAUAACUGCUCACAAGGGAUGCGAUAGAUUAUUUUAUACCUUACUUCAUCACACCUACGCCGCUGGAUUCUUUAACUUAAUAAAUUUCUCGCUCAAUCGCCCUCGGCGCAAUUGCCAGUCAUUAUGAAGGGCUGGUUACAGACACUGGGCUUGUCUGCGCUAUUGGCAAGCGGGGUCAUUGCAAAUGAAGUUGAAAUAAAGCAAGAUGACGCUCAUCGACAAAAAUGUGCCGGGAUGUACAGCCAGAAAUCCUGGGGCGGCGACGUAGAACCAUUCAUUCUCACCAAAUUCAAUAAACUCGAAGAAACAACGGAGGACUCCUUAGUCAGUUUGGUUGUUUUCGAAUGGGGUGAUGAGCACUUGAUAGGCCGCUCAGUCUCUGCUGGCGACGGUGUAGCAACUGUAUGCUACCAAGAAAACAUCGAUGCUGGACUGUGUACACAGGAGGAGCUGGGCUCCUUUAUCCUCGCCGAAAACGCCACCGAGGCCUCGAAAUCCCCAAUUUUAUCGAAAGCCAUCAACCUCAAAGAUCCUGCCGCAAUAAACUAUCCAGUGAAGAAGACCGGGUUUUACUGCGUCAGCACUUUUGCUUAUUCAGAGCACGACUAUACAGGUGUCGUCGAGUUCCGAAAUGCGUACGGCGAACUGCCUGCCGCCCAGAUUCCGAAAUUGCCCUUCUAUGGAGGACUUACAAUCGUAUAUGCAGUUAUUGGAAUUUUUUGGGCUUUCCUUUACGUUCAAAAUCGGCACGACAUUCUACCUGUUCAGAACUAUAUUACAGCUAUUUUGAUUUUCCUUGUCGUUGAGGAAGCAAUGACAUGGAUAUUCUACGACUACCAAAAUCGCCACGGUUCCAAUGCAUGGACCAAGGUCAUGAUGAUUAUAGUUGCAGUGCUUAAUGCAGCUCGAAACUCAUUUUCAUUCUUCCUUUUGCUUAUCGUCUGUAUGGGCUACGGUGUCGUCAAGCCAUCAUUAGGACGGACAAUGAUUUGGGUCAGAAUCCUCGCGAUCACCCAUUUCGUGUUCGGCGUCAUCUACUCUGUUGCAAGUUUGUCCAUUGCUCCCGACAGUGCUGGGCCUUUGGUAUUGCUAGUGAUCCUGCCACUUGCAGCAACUCUGACAGCGUUCUAUGUCUGGACCUUGAACUCGCUAAACAUCACGAUGAAAGACUUGAUUGAUCGUAGACAGAAGACCAAAGCGAUGAUGUACAAGAAACUUUGGUGGUGCAUUCUUGGUAGUAUUGUUGUUAUUUUUGGCUUUUUCUUCAUCAACUCUUUUGCUUUUGCUGGACGAAGCGCAGCAAACUUUGUGCCGGAUCACUGGAAGAGCAGAUGGUUUGUCUUGGAUGGUUGGUUGAACAUUGUCUAUCUUUUUGACAUUGGCUUCAUCGCAUACUUGUGGCGACCAACCGCAAACAAUCGCCGAUUCGCCAUGAGUGACGAGCUCGCGCAAGAUGAUGACGGCUUCGAAAUCCGCUCACUCGCAAACUCACUGGAUGAAGAAGAUGCAGUUGGUCUAGACGAUGACUUCGAGAAUCACGGCCACGAGAGAGAACUAUCACCUGUCCCACCAAAACCCGUCCAACCAGCACCACAACACCGCGAAUCCCUUGAUGGCGAGACCAUUUUCGCAGUCGGCGAAGAAGACGGCGACAAAUUCAGUGAUGACGAUGACGACGACACAUUCCGCAAAUCGACCGAGGAGCGAAGAGGACUUACUGGAGGAAAGAGUACAUAAAGUGGUGCCUCUUUGAUUCUAUUACCUCGCAUAUUUUAUUUUGUCACGUAGCUAACAGUAGGGAAUUUUCCUUGGCGCCGCUUCUUUUCUGUAUAAUUAGCAAUUAAGGGUAUUAGUGGCAUCCUCAAAACAGUUUACAUGUAAUCGAUUGAUGUCGGUGGUAAUAAUAUAGGAGUAUAUGCUACCCCU